AUGAGGAUAAGAAAAUAAUCUUGUUCUCAUUUCCUCAUCUUUAUUUUUCGAUCAUUCAUAACAAUAUAGUGUAAAUUAAAAUUGAUUUAAUUUGUACAAUAGCAUUUGUUAUUGUUUUUAUUUGUAUAUGCUUUAUAGAUUAACGAGGGGAUUAAUCAUUCCAAUUGAAUUUCAAACGACAAAUUAUCAAGUUAUUACCCUAUUGAUGACCAUGGAUUGACAAUUGUUGCAGAGACAACACCAAAAAAAGAUAUAAGGAAAAGUUAGAUAGCCACAAAGAGCCUCAGAAACUGAAUAGAAUUCAUGGCAUUUAGAAGAGCCAUAGGGGCAGUGAAGGAUCAAACUACCAUUGGGCUAGCAAAGGUAGGAAGCAGCACCUCGUUAUCGGACUUAGAUAUAGCCAUUGUUAAGGCAACCGGCCAUGAUGAGUAUCCAGCUGAAGAGAAGUACUAUGAUGAGAUCUAUAGCUUGACUUGCUACUCUCGAGCCUUCAUUGGAUCUUGUGUUAGUACGAUUUCUAGGCGCCUUAGCAAGACCAAAAAUUGGGUAGUAGCCUUGAAGACGCUAAUGCUAAUCCAAAAGCUGUUAUCAGAAGGAGACCCUGCCUUUGAACAAGAGAUAUUCUACUCGACAAGGCGUGGGACUCGCAUGCUCAAUAUGUCAGAUUUCCGAGACUCACGGUCUAACUGUUGGGACUACUCAGCAUUUGUAAGGAUGUUCGCCUUGUACUUGGACGAAAGACUUGAAUUCAAGGUACAGGGAAAGAGGAGAAAUCAUCACCAUAGAACACGCUCCUAUUCGUCCUCCUACGAAAUGCAGCAGCUGGAAGAGACAUACCGUGAUUCAAGUAAUAAUGUUUCUGGUUCUGGUUCUUCUCCACGGACAGUAGCAACUACUGACCUUUCCACUGAACAAGUAUUGUCUGAGAUUCACUACUUACAACAACUUCUUGAAAGGUUCCUUGCAACCAAACCAUCAGGUUCCGCAAAGCACAAUCGUAUUGUAAUAGUAGCUCUGUAUUCAAUUGUGAGAGACAGCUUCCAGAUAUAUUAUGACAUUACAGACAUACUAGCUAUUCUGAUCGAUCAGUUUAUGGAGUUGGAUAUCCCUGAAUGUAUCAAAGUACAUGAAAUUCUUUGUCGUAUUUCAAAUCAAUUCGACGAGCUCGAUUCAUACUACGCCUGGUGUAAAGACAUAGGAGUGGUACGCUCCUCUGAAUACCCUGAAGUAGAGAAAAUCACCCCAAAGAAGCUUGAUCUUAUGGACGAAUUCAUAAGAGAAAAAGCAGCUAGUAUCGUAAACAAAUUGGCUAACAUGGACAGAAACAAAAAGGAGAAAGAACCCGCCUCACUAGAGGAGAAAGAAGAAAUUGUUAAAGAUAUGAAUACAGUAAAGGCACUUCCUCCAGUAGAAGGUUUCCCACAAGAGGAAGAGAAGGAACAUGGGCCAACGAAGAAAGAUGAACCGCAAACCAAAGAGGCUGAUCUAAUAAACUUGGGAGAUGAUGCUCCAACAAAUGAAGAGCAUAAGGAUAACGUUGCCUUAGCAUUAUUUCAUGGAGCAACAGGCAACGGCCUAACCCCACCUCCAUUGUGGGAGGUCUUCAAUGACACAUCAAAUUGGGAGACGACACUAGUCCAAUCAGCUAGCCGCUUGCCUCGCCAAAAGGCUUCCCUUGGGGGUGGCUUUGACACAAUGCUAUUAAAUAGAAUGUAUACACAAGGGGCAACUAAUGCAGCUUUAGCUGCUAAUUGCAUGGGGGGAACAGGGAGUGCUAGCAGUGUGGCUCCAGGAUCCCUUGGAAACCCCAAGAUGCUAGCAUUACCGGCUCCAUCAUCAUCUUCAGGCUUCUAUUCGCCAGUCGUAGACCCAUUUGCAGCUUCAUUGGCUGUUGCCCCACCACCUUAUGUGCAAAUCUCAGAGUUAGAGAAGAAACAAAGACGGUUGAUUGAGGAAAAACUUAUGUGGCAACAAUAUCACAGGGAUGGUAUGCAAGGCCAUGCUGCACUGUCAAACAUACAACAAAUGCCCACCAACAUGGGGGGUUAUGGUCAUGGAUAUAAUGCUUAUCAUUACCGAUAUUGAUGCUGAAAUGAAUAUUAAUACCAUAGAACAUACACAGUAGGAAUUAAGGUAUUUGUUGUAAGAAUGAGAGCCUCUGUAAUUUAAAGCUUGUAGUAGUGAAGUUCAAUAUAAACUCCAAGGUUUGUGAGUAGUCAAUGUCGAACAUUAAUAGUAAGCAGUAUAAUUAUAAUAAGCGGUACUUAACAACAUAGUUAG